AUGGUGAAGUUCACAAAAGUGAUAUUUUCCCAACUACAAACAACAACCCGACUACAAAACAACAUUCCGACUACAAACAACGUCCCAACUACAAACACCGUCCCGACUACAAACAACAUUCCGACUACAAACAAUAUUCCGACUACAAACACCGUCCCGACUACAAACAACAUUUCGACUACAAACACCGUCCCAACUACAAACACCGUCCCGACUACAAACAACAUUCCGACUACAAACAAUAUUCCGACUACAAACACCGUCCCGACUACAAACAACAUUUCGACUACAAACACCGUCCCGACUACAAACACCGUCCCGACUACAAACACCGUCCUGACUACAAACACCGUCCCUACUACAAACACCGUCCCGACUACAAACAACAUUCCGACUACAAACACCGUCCCGACUACAAACACCGUCCCGACUACAAACAACGUCCCGACUACAAACAACGUCCCGACUACAAACAACGUCCCGACUACAAACACCGUCCCGACUACAAACACCGUCCCGACUACAAACAUCGUCCCGACUACAAACAACGUCCCAACUACAAACACCGUCCCGACUACAAACACCGUCCCGACUACAAACACCGUCCCGACUACAAACACCGUCCCGACUACAAACAACGUCCCGACUACAAACACCGUCCCGACUACAAACAAUAUUCCGACUACAAACAACGUCCCGACUACAAACAACGUCCCGACUACAAACACCGUCCCGACUACAAACAACGUCCCGACUACAAACAACGUCCCGACUACAAACAAUAUUCCGACUACAAACAACGUCCCGACUACAAACAACGUCCCGACUACAAACACCGUCCCGACUACAAACACCGUCCCGACUACAAACAACGUCCCGACUACAAACAAUAACCCGACUACAAACACCGUCCCGACUACAAACACCGUCCCGACUACAAACAACGUCCCGACUACAAACAACAUUCCGACUACAAACACCGUCCCGACUACAAACACCGUCCCGACUACAAACAACGUCCCGACUACAAACACCGUCCCGACUACAAACACCGUCCCGACUACAAACAACGUCCCGACUACAAACAAUAUUCCGACUACAAACACCGACCCGACUACAAACACCGUCCCGACUACAAACAACGUCCCGACUACAAACAACGUCCCGACUACAAACACCGUCCCGACUACAAACAACGUCCCGACUACAAACAACAUUCCGACUACAAACACCGUCCUGAUUCAAACACCGUCCCGACUACAAACAACGUCCCGACUACAAACAACGUCCCGACUACAAACACCGUCCCGACUACAAACACCGUCCCGACUACAAACACCGUCCCGACUACAAACACCGUCCCGACUACAAACAACGUCCCGACUACAAACAACGUCCCGACUACAAACACCGUCCCGACUACAAACAACGUCCUGA